AUGGAGGUUGGGCGAAGAACGACAUACAUACAUACAUACAUACAUACAUACGCAGGCCUUACAGACAAACACCCGCAUCUGUGUACGACUGUACAAUUUAUGGGAAAUGACAAUAAGAUCACAAAACGAACCUGCCGACUACCCGCACGUCGCCGGCGGGCGGAGCUGGAGGUCGAAAGAUGGGCGGCGGUGCCCGAGGCGGCGGUGAAGCGGGUGGUGGCGACCGUGAGGGGGGUGAGCGUGGCAGGGGUGAGGGUGGUGGUGGUGAGGGGGGAGGUGGUGCCGAGCGUGGUGGUGGUGGUGGCGGUGAGCGUGGUGGCGGAGAAGGCGGCGGCGGCGGUGGUGGUGGAGGCGAGGGUGGUGGAGGUGAUGGUGGUGGUGGUGGCCGUGGCGGGGGUGAUGGCGGUGAGCGUGGCGGGGGUGAGGGUGGUGGUGGUGGCGAGGGUGGUGGUGGAGCUGGGUUUCGGGGUGAUGGUGAUAGGGGUGGAGGGAGGUUGGGGGGCGGUGGCGAUUGUGGCGGUGGCGGUGGAGACCUAA